AAUUGCAAGCCCGGGGUUUACCUCUAGAUCGACCUUCACCCCUCCAGAACGUUCUAGCUGAGUCGUCGACAGAACGAGAAAAGAGUCGAGUUUUCUUUGAAAGGAAGAUUUUUGUAUAAAUACCGGGGCAGUGUUGUUGUUUAUCAUUCUACUGCUUGAGUGCUAAAGAGAGACUAGCUGUCAUUUCUCACAAGCCAUGGAUUUUCUUCCUAUUUCCUUUUACCGACCUACGUACGCCCAGGACCCGAGACUGAGGGAUCUGUUGACUCACAUGCUUCAUGAUGAACUCGGCAUGCCUCUGACGUAUCAGCCACGGCGACGUGAAGUCCCCGAAAAAUGGCACAAAUCCUUCCGACUGGACGGAUUCCAUCCCGACGAGGUGAAAGUCUCGGUGAGUGAUGGCGUGGUGCGGAUCAAAGCGAGACACGAGCGCGGGGAUGACGACAAUAAGGAUGUCCGCGAGGCCACGAGGACCCUGAAAAUCCCGGAGGGCGUGGAUCAAAGCAAAAUCCACUGCUUCAUGGACCACGACAAUCACUAUGUUGUGGAAGCACCGUUCAUACCGCGAGAGGAGGAGAAAGAAAUGGAGGUGAAGAUAGAAGAUGUCCCCGCCAUCACGGAGGGGAGUAAAGAUGAAGAUAUGCAGGUGUCGGAGUCCAGUCAGCAGUUCAAAGAAAGCCUGGACCUGUCCGUAUUUGAACCCGAUCAUAUUAACGUCAAACGGAAGGGCAAUGUCGUCAGCAUCAGCGCGGACCAUGACCGCGAGGAGGACGGGGUUCGUGUGACUCGCAGCUUCCGGCGGGAGUUCACCGUGCCAGAUGAUAUGGACUGCAGCCAGGUCAAGGUUUGCCGCGAACCUGAAGGCCGACUGACCAUCAUGGCACCUGCGAAGGCCGCGGCCGCGGCGGAGAAGUGAGCUGCAAACCCGGGAGGACCGGUGAUUGGACUGUUCAUUGGUUUGUAGUGCACAAGAAGUCUUUUGACAUUCACGCAAUCUUUUUUCCCCUUCUUUUUACCAAUGUAGUAAUCUGGGCGAUUGCUUAUUUUUGUACAACAUUAAUCCAUUUAUCGUUUAUGAUUAAUUAGUGAUACUAAUGAACGAACCUAUGUAAUAUGUAGCUCGCUUGAGAAGUGAUUAGAUUUGUAAGGGACCAACCCGUUAAGAAAGUGUAUUAUCAUGAGAUGAUGUACAUUUUUUUUCUUUAUUUUUGUUUUUGUAAUUCCAUUUAUUUUUUGUAAGAUGGAAAUAAAGCUGUUUAUGAAUUGAGAA